AUGAAUAAGCUCUUUCCAAACACAGAAUCCCCCUUCAUCGCCAGCGCACCCAUGUUCGGGUACGCAGAUGGGAGGUUGGCAAGUGCCGUCUCAGCAGCCGGCGGAUACGGCUUCAUCGCGGGCGGCUACGAUUUCACGACCGGAUCCACGCAGCUCCAAAUGCUAGAAGCAGAGCUCUCAAAGGCCCGCACGCUGCUCGGAAUCCAAGAUCCAGAAGAGAGCAUACCGAUCGGCGUAGGCUGUCUGACCCUGCAAACGGACGGCCUCAUCGACAACGCACUGCCUAUUCUCUGUAAGGCCCGGGUGACGGGUGUCUGGUUGUCCUUCCCCCAACACGGGGCUGACCACGGGCCCAUCAUCGCCCGCAUCCGGAAGCUUCGAGAGACGGCUGCAUGGGACGUGAAGGUUUUCGUGCAGGUGGGAACCGUGCAGGCGGCGCGGGAGGCUGUGGAACUACAGGCGGAUGUGCUGGUCGUGCAGGGCUCGGAUGCGGGUGGACAUCAAUGGGCUCAUGGGGCCAGCGUGAUGACCCUUGUGCCUGAAGUGCGUGAUUUACUGAGGGAGAUGGGGAAGUCGGGGGAGGUGGGUAUGAUUGCUGCCGGGGGCAUAGUGGAUGCUAGGGGCUUUGCGGCAGCGAUUGGGCUGGGUGCAGAGGGAGUCGCCAUGGGCACUAGGUUUAUCGCCACGACGGAAUGCCCAGCUCCGGACUCGGCCAAGGAAAAGAUCCUGUCCACUAUGGACGGCGCUACGACGACCAUCAAAUCAAGGGUGCAUGAUGUGUUUCAGCAUACGGAUUUCUGGCAUGAGCGUUAUGAUGGAAGAGCCAUAGUUGGGCCAAACUACAAGGAUUUUCUGGAUGGCGUCGAAAGAGAUGAGAUAACAAGACGCUAUGAUGAAGCAAAGGCCAACGGAGAACAGGAGAGAGUGACAAUCUGGGCUGGUACGGGUAUCGGCCGCAUCAGGGAUGUUGUACCAGUCAAGCAGCUCCUGGAAACCAUUCGUGCUGAGGCUCGAUCGGUAGCGACGCAGAUUCAGAAAUCACUUACGGGAAUAUGA